AUGAAUGAAGGUUCACAAAAACUUAAACAUCAAAAGGUUGUAAUUAUGAGCGCGCCAAGAAAAAAGCUAUCGGGAGCGGAAUAUAGGAAAAGGGCUAAAUAUAAGGAGUUGCAGGGAAAACAAUGUGCAGAUAAUAUGAAAAAUUGGCUUCUCAGAGGGGGUGACCCGUCAGUAUCUGCUGCAACGUCCGAAGUUUAUAUUCAGUUAGAGGAUGUUUCUCGCACUUUGCCCGAUCAAACGGAUCAAGAUUUUUCACAGUCCGAUUUCACAGUGCAAACUUCACCAUCUUUAUCGAUGUGCGGAGAACAACUUGAAAAAACAAAGCCAGAAUACGAAGGAUCUAAAUCCCCGCACUCGGAUUCGGAUGAACUGCAAAAAACUGGAUUUGAUUUGACUGACCCAGGCAAUUGGCCAGGGGUGGAAAAAAUGACCGACCAACAACGGUCUUUCUUUAGCAAUCAAGCUGUAUUAUUAGCAGAAAAUCACCCCGAAAACAUUGAAUUUAGAUCUACUGAACGCAAUGGCAGACAUUUAACAGCUUCUAUGUGGUACAGGACGUUGGCUAAUUGCGAAAGAGUUAAAAGAUCUUGGCUUAUAUAUUCUAAGACAAAAAAUGCAAUAUUUUGUGCGUGCUGCAAGAUUUACCAGAAACCGUCUUUUACCGCCACAUCUGCAUUGUGUUCUACAGGAUUUAUUAAUUGGAAAAAAGUUUCAGAGAGAUUAACCGAACACGAAGCAAGUCAAAUGCAUAAAGAGUGUAUGAUCAAGUGGAAAACACGGGUACAACAAAUGAAAUCAUGCCAGGGUAUUGAUCAAGACAUUGAGAGAGUAAUUCACUCAGAGAAAGAAAAAUGGAGACAGAUCCUGCGUAUUGUUAUGGAUGCUGUAUUGUAUCUAUCCAUAAACUGCCUUUCUUUUCGCGGGUCCCACGAAACUCCUAGCGAUCUCAUCACACAGUGUCCUCGGCCUAGUCAAGAAAGAACAGCGAUGGAUGAAUUAUUUCCGGAAGGCCUAUGUCCAAACGUCAAUCAAUUAGUGGACAUCUGA